CACACAGCUGAGCGAAGACUUGUUAAGUUAGCGCCCAAAGUUUUUGAAAAUGCAUUUUACGAGUGGAGAAAUAGCCCAUUGAAUUCCUCCUUACUUGCGGAUAAUUCCUCCAGUUUUAUAUUUACUUGCGGAAUUCGCGUUCAAAAGUUAUUAAAUAAACAAAAUGUUGAUAUUCGGCUGGGCGCUAAUUUCACUUUCACGUUUUAAACAUGCUACAAGCUGUUUAUUGCACUGAAACAAUUAUCAAUGAAUUCCUCCUUACUUGCGGAUUAUAUAUAUACCGAUUAGAACGCGAAAUUCGAUUCAUACAUGAAUUAAAAUAAAUUAAUAAAAAUAUGUGCAAAUAAUCGUACGACGAGAGCAAGGAGCGUGCUGCGCGCGCAUUUCAACGUCUGCGGCUACUGUCGGCUGCUGAGUUUUCGUAUGGAUUUGUUUACAAGCAGAGGUCUACUAUUGUAACAAUCACUAAAAGAUCAUGGACGUGGUACUGAUAAACAAAAACCCAAAGGCUUUGGUUUCUUUGCAUUGUAGAUAUUUUCACUAUCGUAGAUGCAAAAAUUCAAGGAGAAACCAGAAGAAAUUUUUAUUUCAUUGUAAAGAAAUCUAAAAAGUAUUUUACGGAGAGAAUUUUUAAAGAUCACUUGGGCACCGAUACUCUUCAGGAUGUAGGGAUUCUUAAAAUUGUAGCUGUAAACAGAAGAAAUUUGAUCUAUUUAAAGAAAGAGAGUGAGGGUCAUUUCGAGCUUAUUGUAGAGCCGAGUCAAGAGCACACAGAAUCAAAAGUAGAAACCCUUCUGCAAAUCGUUAAAUCCCUUAUUGGUAUAUGGUUAUUUUAAUCUGGAUCUCAAUCGAGUAUUAGAUAUAUUAUAGGACAUUUUUGAAAACAGUCCUCGAGACAUUGCUGUUUUCAUACCUCUUAUACGUUCAUGCACGAGUGAUAGACAAGUAUAGUGCAAGUACCUGCUUUUAAAUAUUGUUCCAGAGCUGUUAAAGCAGAUAUUCUCUCUAUGCCAGAUGGAACAAUGACACACCUCAAACUUCUUUUUAUAAAAUUACAGGAGUCAAACUUGAUAUCGCUAAUCAAGAUGACGAAGAAAGUGAUUACAGGUAAUAAGGAAGAAUAGUUACGUUAUUGGCAUGUUGGUCUUUCUUAAUGACAAAACUGUAUUCACUCCAGAUAAAGAACAGCAUUCCCUCCAUCGAAUAGUCAAAAUAUGUUAGGAACUGCGUGUAGAGAUAAACUCAAUGUGAAUGGAACACCACCGGGCUUGGAUGAUUGGGUGUACUUUAGACCCCCAGGAAAAUGUGUACAUGUUGAUCCUCAUGAUGAUACACAUGAAAUGAAUGAGACAAUCAUACCUUUAGUUUAUGUUUUUCAGAUACCAACACCAAGAAAUGGUAAAUUCUUGAAUUAUUCUCAAUGGCAACAUAGGUCAAAUGGAGUUUUACAGAUUGAAGUAAUGUAUCACAGCUAUAUUGUUGUUUCUCCAAUAACAAAACUUACUAUAGAUGCAAGACUAGCUUACAGAAAUAAAGGCGAUCCUGAAGAUGAAUGGAAACAUUAUGCUUCUUCGAUUGUGGAAAGAAAUUUGGAGUGCACAAUAGACAAUGCCCUCGAAGAGUAUAAUUAUAACUGCAGUACAUUAUCACUAUUCGAACUGGGUUCAGUAUUUCAUGAUUAUUACUUGCUAAAUAUUCGUUUACCAAAUGAUCCAUUAAAAAGGACCAAUCAAGAUUUAAGAUACAUUACUGAUUUAUAUGUUACAGUCAUUAACCAAAAUGGAGGAUUUACAAAAGUUUGGGUAUCUCUAAAAACAGUUUCUUUCUCAAUUACUUUAUUAGUACUGCGCUGGCAUUGGAGAAGAAUACAUUCGCUGUCUAGAUAACCUGCACUUUUAGAAAACAUGUUACUAGUACUUGGAUGUGCUCUUAAAGAGUCUUCUCAAUAUGCCAUUGGAAUGUCUUACUUUAUUAUUUGGUAUGUCAUACAUGCUUCAGUGCCAUUGGAAUGGCUUACUUUAUUAUUUGAUAUGCCAUACAUGCUUCUAUUAGAAGAUAUUAGGCAAGGUAUAUUUUAUGCGACGCUUUUUUCAUUCUGACUCGUGUUUGCUGGAGAACAUCUCAUGGUUCAGGAUGGCGAUCAAGAGACAUCACUCAAAGGCUAUUGGCGUCAUUUAUUAGCGGCAUAGAAACAAUUUAACUUUUGCUCGCCUUUUUACCUACUCCAAACGAACAGAAUGAUUCGUUAAUUGUUUCUUUUUAUCAACGAUCAGAAAAUAUUGUUAAAAUCGUUUUAAAAUUGUGAAAAUUAUAAAUCAGUAAUUCAUAGAUCGGUUAUAAACCAGACAAUGUUCAUAGAUCUGUUUUAGUAUCAGUUUUGAUAAAUUUAAGAAACAAUUGUUUACAGGAACGUUACAAUUAGUUUUAAAGAAUCAUUUUGAUAGGUUUUAAUAAUUAACGACAUUUUUUUUGAGAAAUAUUUAUUGAACAUGACGAUAUUUAUGAAAUAAAACACAUUUUGCUUUGCCAUAAAUGUUCAUAACAUUAAUUUGUUCAGUUAACAAUAAUUUAUUCAGUUUCACCAAUCAAUUCAUAGUACUGUGUACAUAUAAAAUAAUAUCAAUUUUUUCUUCUGUAUGCUCUAACUUUGAAAUUUUGAAAGAAUUAGAUUUUUUUUGUUGAUCAUCCUUAACGGACCAUCGAUCAUUCACGGACCUACAGUACGCAACAUAAUGUAACAAAUUUUCAUCAUAUUUACUUGUAGAAGAUGAAAUCAUUCCAGCUAGAAAAUAUAAUUCAUUAUUGAUUUUUAAAUUAAUUGGAAUGCUAGCUGGAUGUAUGGAAUUUGAGUUAUUAAAUUGAUCCAUGGUCAAAAAUAGUAAAGGUGCUUGAAAUUUUUUGUUCUUAAUUUUUAGAUGUUUAUCAACAUAGUUCGCUAAGCUGUUGGCAUUGAAUAACUCAUCUUCGAAUGAUUUUUCAAGUUCUAUGAUUAAUUCAUUUUCAAUUGAUAUAAAUUCACAAUCUUGAAAAACUGUUUUUACAAAUUCUUUCACGUUUAAAUUACAUUUUAUAGUUCCGUUUUCAACAGUGAAGUAUUUCAGACAAUGUUUUAAUCGAUCUUUACGCAAAUUUGUAUAAUUUCCAGACUCCAUGUAAUUAAUAAUCGAUGUAUUGAUACAGAAGUGGCUAGUACAUGUACUGACUAUGAUAUUUUUAAAAUUAGCAUAAUUAGAACAGGCUGAAAGGCAUAGCUCGAAUAGACUAUCAAACAGACACGAAGAAUCAAAUUCGUAUUUUUUUCUGUUGUACUCCAUCACGGCAUCUUCAUUAGCAUUUGUCAGCAUUUUUAAUUUUUUCAUACUUGGCCUAGAAUGUUUUUCCCUCAGAUCUGCACAUUUUCUUAAGAAUUUUCCUCUUUCUCUUGUAUUCAAACGUUUGUUUUCAUUUGAGUUUUCAUUUAUUACAGGAGGCAUCAGAGUUUUUCUGACCAAAUGGCUCAUCGCCCUUCUCAAUGAUCCAUCCAGGUAGUCAUUGACAUACCGAGCAAUAAAAAGCUGACAUGAAAUGGGCCUAUGAAGUCUAGAGAUGUGGCGAAGAUCUGCAAACAGAGCUUCUGAUCGUCCAGAUGUUGCUACUUCGAUAUUAGUAUUGAAUUUUUUCAUCAUUAUGUUUGUCCAUAUUGGAUAUUCUGAGAAUAAAUUUAAAAAAUUUUUCAUUA